CUCCAGCAGAUAUCUGCCUACCAUGGCCCUGGUGCUGAUCCUCCAGCUGCUGACCCUCUGGCCUCUGUGUCACACGGACAUUACUCCAUCUGUGGUCAUUAUAGUCCCCCCAGCUUUAUACCACAAGCCAUGGCUGGGAGCUCAGCCGGCUACAGUUGUGACCCCUGGGGUCAAUGUGACCUUGAGGUGCCGGGCACCCCAACCCGCCUGGAGAUUUGGACUUUUCAAGCUUGGAGAGAUCAGUCCCCCUCUCUUCCGGGAUGUGUCCUCCGAGCUGGCAGAAUUCUUUCUGGAGGAGGUGACACCAGCCCAAGGGGGAAGUUACCACUGCUGCUACCGGAGGCCAGACUGGAGGCCGGGUGUCUGGUCCCAGCCCAGCGAUCCCCUGGAGCUGCUGGUGACAGUCCAGACCCCCAGCCCCUCCUCCCUCAGACCCGGGAGUCCAGACCCCCAGCUCCUCCUCCCUCAGACCCGGGAGUCCAGAUCCCCAGUCCCUCCUCCCUCAGACCCAGGAGUCCAGGCCCCCAGUCCCUCCUUCCUGGACCCAGAAGUUGAAACCUCCAUCGACUCCCCCUCAACUUUGAGACUGAGGAGUCAGGUCCCCAAGUCCACCCCAGGGCUGGAAACCUGGAGUUCAGGGCCCAGACUUUGGGGUCCGGGAGCUGACGGCCCGUCUCUCCCGGCUCCGCCCGCAGACUCUAGCUCCUCCGACUACACUCGGGGGAACCUUGUCCGCCUGGGGCUGGCCGGUCUGGUCCUCAUCUCCCUGGGCGCACUGGUCACUUUUGACUGGCGCAGCCAGAGCCGCGCUCCUGCUGGUGUCCGCCCUUGAGCCCCAGGGGCACUGCAACGCGAGAAGACUUCCAACCUGAGUGGUGGAGAGGCUGGGACCCUGGGCUGGACUGUCCUUUUCUGCAGCCCCGCAGCCCUGCUGGCUGAGCCCCGAGGAACUGCCCUUCGACACCCCCGUGCCCUGUGCUGUGGCUUCUUUCCGGGCCUUUCCCAAGGAGUAGCUGAGUGGAAGACGCAAUCAGUGGUUAAGACUUCCAAGCCAGAAGACAGAGGGUUCGAAUCCCAGCGCUGCCGUCUACUCACUGUGGUAGUAGUAGCAGCUAUAGAGGGGUAGCAGUGAGAGGGGAAGCCAGCUGGACCUCCUGGGCCGAGUGGAAGCUUGGAGAACUUUUCUGUCUUACAAGAGGAUUGUAAAAUGGACCAAUCAGCGCUCUGUAAAGUGGACCAAUCAGCAGGACAUGGGCGGGGACAAAUAAGGGAAUAAAAACUAGCCAGCAGCGGCACCCUGCUCGGGUCCCCUUCCAGGCUGUGGAAGCUGUGUUCUCUUGCUCUUCACAAUAAAUUUUGCUGCUGCUCACUCUU